GUAGCGUGUUUCCUAUUUGCCCUUUACCAAUUGGUCCUUCUUUUCACAGAUCUUCCAACUUCAAACUGCGAGCUUCUUCUUCUCCUCUCUUCUCUUCAAUCUUCUCAGAUAUGGCAUCGAAUGGCCAGUGUCCUUCGAUAAAAAAUAUUCUUCUUUUAGAUUCUGAAGGGAAGCGUGUGGCGGUCAAGUAUUACUCAGAUGACUGGCCAACAAACAAUUCAAAGUUAGCUUUCGAGAAGUUUGUAUUCAGUAAGACUCUUAAGACAAAUGCUCGGACAGAAGCUGAGGUAACACUACUUGAGAACAAUAUCAUUAUUUACAAAUUUGUGCAAGACCUGCAUUUCUUUGUCACUGGUGGUGAUGAUGAAAAUGAACUCAUUUUGGCAUCAGUUCUUCAAGGUUUCUUUGAUGCAGUCACCCUUCUGUUGAGGAGCAAUGUUGACAAAAGAGAGGCACUUGAGAAUUUGGACCUCAUUCUUUUAUGUCUUGACGAGAUUGUUGACGGAGGGAUAAUACUUGAAACAAAUGGACCUCUUAUUGCUGAAAAAGUGACCUCCCAUAGCUUGGAUGCUGAUGCCCCCUUGUCAGAGCAGACUCUAACUCAAGCAUGGGCUACAGCCAGAGAACAUUUGACAAGAACCCUUUUAAAAUGAUGCUUGCAUGCUCUAAAAGGUUCUACAUAUAUUUGGGUAGUUAAUUUCUGUUUGAUUUUUAGAGUUGUUUCAUCCACUUUUGUCGACAAACUGUCCAUUUUAAUUGGUAUAUUUCUCCAUAGCAGUCAUGAGAUAUUGAAUCUAGUCUUUCACUAAUAUUUGGAAUAGUUUGUGAUGAAUUCAUCACUCCAUUAUGAGCAUCAUAACAUUUUUGCUGACUAGGGUCUUCCUCUCUGCUUGUGCAUCUGUUAUUAUUUAACAGAUGUGCAGGGACAAGUUAUGGAUCCAAAAUAAACAAGUGCUUUCUAUU